CAAUUCGACUUCUGUCUCAAGAGGAACGCGAAAGGAAGAUCACGCCAUGGACGCUCUGAGAUGAGAGAAGUGGCAAAAGAUUAUCUCAUACAUCACGCACAAACACAGCUGUUAAAGACUGAAUCGAUCUGGGUAUUUUCUUUAACGGCAAAAAUUCGACCUUUAUGGGGUUACCAAUCCGAUCGGUUUUCCGUUUCUUCUUCCAAGUGAAUGGAAGGUAGACAGAUACGUAUAACACUAACAUUACAACCUCCCUGAACCCUUGUACGAGCCUUUGUGCUGAUUCUCGAAAGAUCAAAAAGUAGCACAAUCAUAGACCGCCUUUAAGGAUUUUUUUUAACCACCACCUAGUGGUGGUGCCGUGUGUUGAGGCGGCGGUACCCCUUUGGGUAACCCCUUCUUCUUCUUCUUCUUCUUCCUCUCUGUCUCUCUAUAUAUACACUUCAAGGAGGUUAGAAGUUAAUUAGAAGUUAAAACAGCUUCCAAAGUGUGUGUGCCCUUUCUUGAUACUUUACCCUUUCUCCAUGGACAGUGAUCAAAUGCAAGCAGUGAGUUCAAGCCAUGAGGUCCUCCGGUCAGUCUUGGCUGCGCCGGGGGUGAAAGGGAAGAUGGUAACCAGCUUAUCAGAGAAUGGUCUAACCAAUUUGAUACAGUCCAUCAUCUCCAAGAAACAAGAGCAGAAAGACCCUUUCUACGUACUCGACCUGGGGGUGGUGUUUAGCCUAGUGGAGAAAUGGAACCGUUCCCUUCCCAAUGUCCGCCCCUUCUAUGCUGUCAAGUGUAAUCCAGAGCCGGCCCUCCUUGGUGCUCUUGCAGCUCUUGGUACUGGCUUCGACUGUGCUAGCCGGGCCGAGAUCGAGGCCGUGUUAUCACUGGGAGUCUCCCCAGAUCGAAUCAUCUUUGCCAACCCAUGUAAGGCUGAGUCCCAUAUCAAAUACGCUGCUGUUGUCGGCGUUAACCUCACAACCUUCGACUCUCAGGAUGAAAUCGAGAAGAUACGAAAGUGGCACCCAACGUGUUCGCUGUUGCUCCGACUUAAGGCCCCGGACGAUAGCGGCGCAAGGUCCCCAUUGGGGGCCAAGUACGGUGCAUUGCCUGAAGAGGUUACGCCCCUCCUUCAAGCAUGCCAUGCUGCAGGUAUUGCCGUCGCCGGAAUCUCAUUCCAUGUGGGUAGCGGCGCUUCCCACUCACGCGCCUACCAUGGCGCCAUAUCUGCGGCUAAAGCAGCCUUCGAGACGGCGGUGGAGCUUGGCAUGCCCCGCAUGAGCAUCCUCAACAUCGGCGGGGGUUUCACGAUGGGUUCCAACUUCAACGAUGCAGCUGUUAUCAUUGAGGAAGCUUUGGAGUCAUACUUCUCAAAUGAACCGGGUCUGACCAUUAUAUCAGAGCCGGGUCGGUUCUUUGCGGAGAGCGCAUUCACUUUGGCUGUCAACAUUAUAGGGAAGCGUGUACGUGGCAACCUUAGGGAGUACUGGAUCAACGAUGGGAUCUAUGGGUCCAUGAAUUGUUUACUGUACAACCAUUCGACCGUGACAGCGAUGCCGUUGGACCCAACCGGUCGAGGGGUGAAGACCUAUCUGUCGACGGUGUUUGGGCCCACAUGUGAUGCUCUGGACACAGUUCUGACGGGGCACCAACUACCGGAGCUCCAGGUAGACGACUGGCUUGUGUUUCCCAACAUGGGUGCUUACACAACGUCUGCUGGGUCCAACUUCAAUGGCUUCAACACUUCAGCCAUUGCCAUUCACCUUGCCUGUUCGAAUCCGAGUUAACAAUAGGCGUCCCACCCAAGUUGCUAAGAUUCAAGAACAGCCCUUCCCCUCUUCUCCAAUGGACUUAUAUGGGCUAUGGAGUAUGGAGGUGGGGGCGUCAAGCCAAGUAGCUUUCGGUUUCUUUUUGUCUGUGUGUACUCUGUAGCCUGAUGGGAAAGAAAGUCCUUUACUUGAAUCGACCAGUUCUCUUUAUCUGGUAUAAUCUUUUGUUAAAAUGUUAGCCAUCACAGGUUUUUUUAUAAUGUACCCUCGGGUUUUUAGGAAUAUACUGUAGGUUUCCUUUUUGGUGUCUAAAA